AUGAGCUUUUCCGCAAUAUCUUCCGCUGAGAAUACCGGAAGUGAGAGAACGCGCCUCGAGAAGCUCACUGAAGCCUACAAUAGGCUUGGCUCCAUGACCGAAAUUCAUAUCAAAAGUGGCUUUGAGGGAAUUCCACCGAUUACACAUAUUCUUCAAGAGUCAAUAAAGGUCAUCCAGAAACUAGAGGAGCAGCGAAACGCUCUUGCAUCUUCGAUUCACGCCGAGUACGAAAGAGAGCUACAAAAAAUUCGAGAGGAGCUGGCACGAUGCAAAGAUAUACUGAAAUUAAAAGAAAAAGAGUUUUUUCUUUUGCGCGGAGAUUCAACUGAAAAAUCAUUCCCGAAGAAAAGAAAGAUUGAUAUCAACAAUGGCGAGCAUUACGUACCAGAAGUCAUUGAAGACGAGCAGACUGAUCGUACUCCUCCAGUAGCGAAACCAAGAGCAUCGAAGUCCAAAAAGAAGAAAACAGCCAAGGACGUUCGAAAAUCGCCUCGUCUCGGUCAGUUUAUUUUACACUGCCUCUUAUUCAUUUAA